UCUCACGCGCUCUGCUCCGCCUGUCCCGCCCCGACCCUCUUUCCCUCCCUGUGGUCCUGACACGCGCAGCGGUGUCACGCGCGAGGGGCGCCCCCGGGGUCUCGAGGACCAGAGGCUCGUCCGCGCGCUGCCCGAAGCCCCCGCGCGACCCAUGCUCGUGGAGCCCGGGGUAUAUUGGUUUGAAAAGGGAACAUCACAAGCCACCCAAGAGUGAAGUCUGAUAAGAAAAAUCAGCUGUUGGAGCAGCCAUGCCCCACUUCUUGGAUUGGUUCGUGCCAGUGUAUCUGAUGAUCUCCAUUCUCAUCUUGGUGGGCUUCGGAGCUUGCAUAUACUACUUUGAGCCGGGCCUACAGGAGGCCCACAAGUGGCGGACGCAAAGGCCGAUCAUGGAACGAGAUCUUCGGAAAACACUGAUGAUACGGGAUAACCUUGCCUUUGGGGUGCCUGAGGUCUAGUAUUCUGUGUGUGGGGUGUUUCUAGAGCCAAACAGAGCCUUUUCUGGAUGGGCCCUGGCUAACAAGAUUUGGGCUGGAUGCACGUUUCUCCUUACUCAGGAGAGAAUCUUCUACUGUCUAGUGACUGAAGAAGGGUAGUUUUACUCUUUGCUGACACGGGUCUUGGUUAAUCACCAGAGUUACCUCUUUUUUUCCCCCAUCAUCUUCUCCCUUUCUAAGGCAAGGUUUGUGUGCCUCUAUUAACUCAAGGCUUUCAGGUCUACCCUAGACAAGAUAUUCAUCACUCAGCAAAGGAUCUCCUGCACCACUCCAUGACCUGGAUUUUUGGAUCCACCAAAGGUAAAGGUCUCUGUUAUUCAUUAUCCAAUGGAGGAUACCUGUGCCUAUACAUUACCUUUAAAAAAAAUUCUUAUGGGCACCAGAUCAUAAUAGAUAGACUUGAUAUGGGACAUAGAUCCUUUAACUGCUAGGUCACUGGUUUAAAUCUAGCCCAAUUUGCUAGGGUCUGAAAGGUGUCAUCAUCGAAUGCCUCUUUGGUGACUUACGUAAAAUGAAUUUGGUGGGUCUCAGGCCAGUUCUUCGUGGAUAACUGCAUAUCACAGAAAUCACCAAUGCCACUGAAUUGCCACCUGUGCUGGGAGUCUCAUUAGGGAAGCCACAGAUUGAAUGAGCCAUGGAGAGUGAAUUCCCUACUCACCCCUAGAGGUGAUCUUCCCAGUUCAGGAGUGAGACACACAGGAGGGGCAAUGGGAGUAAAGAUUGCUUUAUUGGUGCCCAUGUUGUACCUGUUUCGGGGAUAGAGGACAUCAGUCUCCAGGGCUGUCAAUCUGGUACUUUUAUAGAAUCAUAGAAGAUUAGGAUUGGAAGAGACCUCAGGAGGUCAUCUAGUCCAACCCCCUGCUCAAAGCAGGACCAACUUUCAUGAGCACUAAAUUCACACACAAUUUUCAGCUAAGGAGGUCUGUGUUGAUCCUGCCAGGAAAUCUCUUGCACCUCUCCUUGCCCCAGGGCUCUGGAUUUAUCGCAUAGGCCUCAACAGAUUCAUUGGACCUUCUGCACCUGUCCAUGACCCAGGAAUCAAGGGUCCUUUAUUAUGAAUAGAUUUCCACUCGUUCAGUCCUCUGUCUACAGCAUUUUUUGAAAUGGAUCCCUUAGUGCAUCAGUUCUGGUGCUGCACCCUCUUGACUGUCAUCCACAUUGAAAACUGUGAAAUGCUCCUUGGAGAACCCUUCACUGUGAAUCUCUGGUAAGGGACGCUGAGCCAGACAGGUGGAGAUGGGGCACUACUAAUGACUGUGCUUUCUAGAUCCCACCUGUAUACCAUAUAAUGUGUAUAUGUACACUGUUUUUGCACUUUCCUCCACUCUUCCCUAGGGCUGAUUUGCUAACAAAGUACUGUAAGAAAAUGUGACUCCAUGGGAGAGUGGGAAUCCAGCACCUUUUUCUUCAUUGCGAACAAUGUGCAAAUCAUAGCAGAUAACACUGGCCCAACUCAGAGCCUAUGACUUAAGGUAUUCCACAACAGGUACUACUGUGCCACACCUGCUUAGAAAUCUAGUAAGACACUGGCUCCUGUUCCAUGGUGCUUUGUAUCUCUGCUGAUCCAUCAUACCCCUGACUGUUUCUCACUUACUCUGCUAACAUGCCCCUGCUACCCCAUUGUCCUCAUUUCUAUAUAUUAUUUAUUAUAAAACUCCACUCUUGACCAGUCACGCCCAGUUAUCUACAUUCCAUACAGUACCACUGUCGUAUGGCACCACUGUGCCAUUGUCAGUGCAUUCCAUACCAGUGCAGCACAGCCAUGGCCACCUUUUGAUAUACCCUGCUGCAUAUUUGAUGAUAUUAUUACACAGCCAUUGUUGCCCUAUCGGCCGCCCUUCUGUACAUUCUAUAUCAUUGUAACACAGUCCCUGCUGCCCUACUGUGCACAUGUCUGUACAUUCCAUACCAUAUGCACACACAAAGUGUUGCUGUUUUGUACAUACUUCAGUACAUUCCAUACCAGCAGACUGCUCUUGGUGCUGGUUCAGUGCCACGUUCCCUGAUGGCUCCACUGUGCAGCAGGAGCCAUUAGACGCAAGGGUGCACACAGGCUCCUCCCCUCCUCAUGGCUGCUGGAUCAGCUCACAACAUAUAGUCCCUAGGAUGAGAGUUUUGGAGCCAGUGAUAAUUUUCACUGGAAACUGUUGACAGCUUUUUCAUCCAUUACUGAAUGAAGGAUGGAGAACAUCUUAUGUCGAUUUAAGUGGGUGACUUGUCAUUGGGGGUUGCUUGGGGAAUAACGUUUGUUAGCAGUGAUGGCUGUGGUACAAAUGGAAACUGUCCUCAACACCUGGCAAAUGUCAUUGGCCUUUAUUGGCCAUUUCAUCUGCCCAGGUCAGAUAAGGCAUCAUCACCCACACCAAGGUCCCAACUGAUGGGACCUUCUUGGGUCUGUCAAUGCGGGACAGUUGAGUCCCUACAUUCAGACUGGAACAUGGUGAUCUUGAUGCAGAUAUCAUAACAUGGGACCUGAUUCAGCAAGGUACUGAAGCAUGUGCCUAAAUGUACGCACAUGAGUUAUCCUACGUGCUUCAGUACCUUGCUGAAUCAAGGCUGUGAAAGUGCAAAUGUCACAGUGCAGCAUCACCGUAUCAUCCGGUGAUGAUUUUGUUCCUCAGUAUGAAUACAGAUAAAUGGCAGCCCUCAAUCACAUUGACAAUAUCUAUUGCCCAAAGGUCACUCAAAUUAAUAAAGCCAUAGUUUCUGAGUGUCAACUUAGAGACCUGCUUCUUGGACCUUGACUGUUGUAACCUGGUGGCUAGGCCACCAAUGUAAAUGGACCCCAGGUUGAGCAACGGGGUAGCAAUAAAAACCCUUUUCACUAGAGGUCAGGAGCUCAGAGAUGUCAGGGACAGGUUAAAAUAUCCCCAUAAGACUGAGGUUCCAUGUUUUGAAAAGACUCAAGAUAAGGAAAUCUCUCUCUCUGGUAAUCCCAGUUUCUCUCUCUAUGAAAGAAUCCCUAUUACUGUGUGUAUGGCAGUCAUCCCACAGGUGCAGUCUGCCCUCCAGAAAUGGCUGGGAGCCAAUUCAACCACCCACUUACAAUCAGAGGUCUAACAGUUCCUACGGAAAGGGUCAGGAAGGACCCAACCACAGAGACUGACCUCUCCUCUCCACCACAGGCGAUCACUCCAACCCUGGAUGGAUGUACAUUGUCAGGAAGUGAUGGGGAGUUUGUACUGUGCUCCAACUGUCCGGGGCAGGGGGGAGGAGGGGAGAGGUGUGGGAUGGAGGACUUCAGUCUCCAUGAAUGUCACCAGCAUGAACUCCACAAUCGCUCUUGUAUUUCACCAGCAGAAAAUUCACCUUCAUAAACUAAGUCAAAAGAAGGGGAAAAAAAAAAAAAAAAGUAAAUGAGUGAUUGAGUCUUGUGCCAAUUCUCUGUGGGAUGUGGCAGGCAGAAUGACUGUCUGGAACACCUUCAGUGUGUGUGGGAAGCCCUAUCCAUGUGCGCCUAUUCUGGCUCGCAAAGGAAUCCCCACAGACCCCCCUCUCUAGGAAACAGAGUUACAAAGUCCUGCUGGAGUAUGGGCUGGACAAAUAGGUCUGUUAUUUCUCUCCCUGUAUCCUCUGGACCCCUUUCCUGUUCUGUGCCAUUCUCUGUGUGUAGUCUCAAGUGUUUUAACCCCACCUCCCCCAGGACCUGGAUUAACUGGAUGAAAUUGACCAGAAAGAAAUUUAAUUGUCAGAAAUGGAAGAGAAAACAUUUCUCAACAGUGGGAUCCAUUAGGUCUUGGAAUAGUCUCCCAAGGGAAGUGGUGGAAGCCCUGUCACUUGGGACUUGUUAAAGCUAGACUGGACAAGGCCUUGGAGACUCCAGGGAACAAUCCUUCAUGGGCAGGGGGAUGGCCUACAUGUGAUAUAGCAAGUAUCUGCCAUCUUUAACUUGUAUGAUACUUCUCUCUAUUCAUCUGUCUGAUACACCAGUACUGUGAACACCCCACCUUUAACCUAAGAGCUAAAAUAGACACAACCUCCAAAGCUGUUAAAUGUUGUUGUUUUUUUUUUGCAGCAUGUGUUUUGCACUGUCUGGUCCUGAUGAAAUUAUCAUUAACUGUCAGGUGUUUUAUUCUCAUUAGAGUCAAAAGUCUAUAUAAUAAAUGUAUGUAAUAAAAUAUCUAUAGAGA